AUGUCUGACUUUUGGUUAAAGUAUCUUGAGAACCCCACGUUGUCUGUGCUACCACACGACUACUUGAAGCCGGCCAACAACAAGUCGGUGGAAGGCACGUAUGAGUUUAGUGUGCCUCGAGCACCCAAGGAUUUCCAGAGUGGGUUGGCGGUGUUUGCGGCUUUGGUCUACAGGUUGACGGGCGAUGAGGAUAUUGUUAUUGCGACAGAUGAGUCAGCCAACCUGCCCUCGUUCAUAAUCAGGUUGAGCAUGGCGCCGGAGUUGAAGUUCCAAGACUUGGUCACCAAAGUCAAGGAGGAAUGCACCAAGUGUGCUUAUGAAGUCUCCUAUAAGGACUUGACCCAAUUGAGCGAGAGAAUCAAGGUUGCGAAAAACUUGGACGAGCACCCGGAGUUGUUCAAAGUCUCGUACCAGCAUGCCAAUGCCAACCAGCAAUUGAACACGUCAGUUGAAGGGUGCAUCCGCGACUUGGCCAUUUUUAGCGAGAACAACAAGUUUAGCAUCCAUUUCAAUGCCUUGUUGUACUCCAACGAGAGGAUCAAGAUCUUUGCAGAGCAGCUUGCCCAGUACGUGGCUGCUGUAUCGGACGACCCCUCAGUCACCAUCACAAAGGUCAAUUUGGUUACCCCGCGGCAAAUACUGGCGUUGCCCGAUCCAACUUUGGAUUUGGAUUGGAGCGGAUACCGAGGUGCCAUCCAGGACAUUUUUGCCCAAAAUGCCCAGCUGCACCCGGAAAGAACGUGCGUGGUUGAGACCGCGUCGUUUAUGGACCCCAAUUCGAAAACCAGAACGUUCACUUAUAAACAAAUCAACCAAGCCUCGAAUAUCGUGGGCAACUAUUUGAAAUCCACGGGGAUCAAAAAGGGCGACAUUGUCAUGAUCUACGCUUAUCGUGGCGUCGACCUCAUGGUUGCCGUGAUGGGUGUCUUGAAAGCCGGCGCUACCUUCUCAGUCAUUGACCCGGCGUACCCACCAGCACGUCAAAACAUCUACUUGUCUGUGGCUAAACCCAAAGGGUUGAUUGUAUUGGAGAAAGCUGGAACUUUGGAUAAAUUGGUGACUGAUUACAUUACGGACGAGUUGGAUGUCAUCACUACGAUACCGCAGUUGAAAAUCAAUGACGAUGGAAGCUUGGUUGGUGGUGAGGAUAUAAAACUGGAACAGCAAGACUGUUUGGCUGAAUUUGUAAAAUUCAAAGAUCAACCCACGGGAGUCGUAGUUGGUCCAGAUUCCAACCCUACAUUGUCAUUCACUUCUGGAUCCGAAGGUAUUCCCAAGGGAGUAUUGGGCCGCCACUACUCCUUGGCUUAUUAUUUCCCCUGGAUGGCCAAGCGGUUUGGAUUAUCUGAAAAUGACAAGUUUACCAUGUUGUCAGGUAUCGCCCACGAUCCAAUCCAGAGGGAUAUGUUUACACCUUUGUUCUUGGGUGCUCAAUUGUUGGUCCCCACGGCUGAUGAUAUCGGUACCCCUGGGAAAUUGGCCGAAUGGAUGGCGCAGUAUGGUGCCACGGUGACACACUUGACGCCAGCUAUGGGUCAACUCUUGAGUGCACAAGCCACCACGGCCAUCCCAUCUUUGCACCAUGCCUUUUUCGUUGGUGAUAUCUUGACCAAGAGAGAUUGCUUGAGGUUGCAGAGUUUGGCAGAGAAUGUCUACAUUGUCAACAUGUACGGAACUACCGAGACCCAGAGAUCUGUUUCUUAUUUCGAGAUUGAAAGUAGAAAAUCAAACCCAACUUAUUUGAAGAAUUUGAAAGAUGUCAUGCCCGCGGGCACUGGUAUGCAUAAUGUCCAGUUAUUGGUCGUCAAUAGGAACGACCGGUCGCAAACCUGUGGAGUUGGUGAAGUUGGUGAGAUUUAUGUGCGUGCUGCCGGUUUAGCUGAGGGCUACCGCGGCUUGCCUGAUUUGAAUGCGGCAAAGUUUAUCACCAAUUGGUACGUGGAUCCUUCUAUAUGGGUUAAGGAAGAUGAAGAGAAAGCUCACAAGGAGGAGGAGGAGGAGCUGCAGCAGCAAUGGAGAAGUGAAGGAUGGUUGGGUCCAAGAGACAGAAUGUACAGAUCCGGUGACUUGGGUAGAUAUUUGCCUGAUGGAAACGUGGAAUGCUGUGGUAGAGCCGAUGACCAAGUCAAGAUUAGAGGCUUUAGAAUUGAAUUGGGUGAGAUUGACACCCAUUUAUCGCAGCAUCCUUUGGUUCGCGAGAAUGUCACGUUGGUGAGGAGGGAUAAAAACGAAGAGCCAACGUUGGUUUCGUAUAUCGUGCCCAAGGAUUCUCCCGAAUUGGCCAUUUUCAAAUCCCCCGAAGUUGACGACUCAGUCGAGGAGUCAAAGGAUCCUAUUGUGCAAGGGUUAGUGGCUUAUCGUGAAUUGAUCAAGGACAUCAAGGCAUAUUUGAAAAAGAAACUUGCCUCAUAUGCGAUCCCUACCAUUAUUGUGCCACUCGCUAAACUCCCUUUGAACCCUAAUGGUAAAGUCGAUAAACCAAAAUUGCCAUUCCCGGAUACUGCCCAAUUAGCUGCCGUUUCGAGAUUAAGCGCGUCGGCCCAGGAUGUUUAUGCAGCAGAACAGGAAGAAUUGACCAAGUUGGAGAAGGAGAUUAAAGAUCUCUGGUUUGAAGUCUUGCCCAACAGACCAGCAACGAUAUCAAAGAGCGAUUCCUUCUUUGAUUUGGGUGGUCACUCGAUUUUAGGAACGAGAAUGAUUUUCGAGUUGAGGAAAAAACUCGAUAUCGAAAUCCCGCUUGGUGUGAUUUUCAAAAAUCCCACAGUUGAGCAGUUUGCAAAAGAGGUUGAAAAAGUCAUUCAAAAAGGUAAGGAUUUUGAACUUGCAGGCGGUAAGCAACAAGUUGAAGUUGAAGGUGGAAACAAUGAAGCUGGCGACAAAAACGAAGAUGUGAGCGUUGACUAUGCUGAAGAUGCUAAAAACUUGUCUCAGACUGCCUUGAGAGCUAAUUACCAGUCCUUGACGAAAUUGCCAGGCAAGUCCGUUAAUGUGUUUGUCACUGGUGCCACUGGAUUUUUGGGCUCGUUUAUCAUUCGAGAUUUGCUCGAGGCAAGAAAAGGUAAGCUCGAUGUCAAGAUAUUUGCUCAUGUUCGAGCUAAAUCCAAAGAGGCCGGAUUGGAAAGAGUCCGCCAAACGGGCAAGACGUUUGGCAUUUGGCAAGAAUCUUGGGCUGAUAAGAUUGAAGUUGUCUUGGGCGACUUGUCCAAGGAACAAUUUGGCCAGACCGACAAAGAAUGGAGUGAAUUGACGAAUACAAUCGAUGUCAUUAUCCACAAUGGUGCCUUUGUGCAUUGGGUUUACCCAUAUUCGCAAUUGCGUGAUGCCAACGUCAUUGGAACAGUUAAUGUGUUGAAUUUGGCGGCUGAUGGUAAGCCCAAAUACUUUUCAUUCGUAUCGUCAACUUCUGCUUUGGACACGGAUUAUUUUGUCAAUGUAUCCGAUGAAUUGAUCCUGCAAGGUAAAGCUGGCUUACUUGAAAGCGACGACUUGCAUGGUUCAGCUCAUGGAUUGGGCACUGGAUAUGGACAAUCCAAAUGGAGUGCCGAGUACAUCAUUCGCCGUGCCGGUGAACGUGGGUUGCGUGGGUGUAUCAUAAGGCCCGGUUACGUUACCGGUUUCACUGAAACUGGUGCUUCAAACACAGACGAUUUCUUGCUUCGGAUGUUAAAAGGUGUGGCCGAGUUGGGUUUAUAUCCCGAGAUCACCAAUAAUGUCAACAUGGUGCCUGUAGAUCAUGUUGCUCGAGUCGUCACCUCGGUGGCGUUGAGUCCGCCCAGUGCAGAUGAGUUGGUUGUGGCUCAUGUCACGGGACAUCCCCGGAUUCAAUUUAAUGAUUUCUUGGCCAGUUUGAAAUCGUAUGGCUACGAAAUUGCCCCAGCUGAUUACCCGCAAUGGACGAGUGCGUUGGAGAGAUUUGUUGUUGAGGAAAGCAAAGAGAGUGCAUUGUUCCCAUUGUUGCAUUUUGUAUUGGAAAACUUGCCUCAGGAUACCAAGGCUCCCGAGUUGGAUGACACAAACACCAGAAAGUCGUUGGUGAUGGACAAGGAGUUGACUGGUGAAGAUGUCAGUGCGGGCAACGGUGUUACUGUUGAGUUGAUGGGCACUUAUAUUGCCUAUUUGAUCAAGAUUGGCUUUUUGCCCAAGCCUAGUGGACAAGGAGAGAAGCAAUUACCAGAGGCGGACUUGAGUGAAGAGACAUUAGAGUUGAUUAAACAAGGCGGUGGUGCUAGAGGAUCCGCUGCUAAAUAG